UGACUUUGACUGCUACAGACACUCCUGAUCCGAGUAUAUAAGAACAGGUCCCUCUCAUCUUCUGCCAACAAGGACUCACAGCACCACAACAAUCCAACCAUCUCACUACUCAGUAACUCAACUUAUUUAAACUCUUUCACAGAAUCAAUCUAUCAAAAUGGGCUUCACCUGGUACUCCGGUCCUUCCUCGAAAUUCCCGCCGCAAUCGCAGUGGAAGUCCUUCGAGGAGAUCUUCAACGCCAACAAGCAUGAGAUGUCGCUCACUGGUGACACUGGCGAAGAUAUUGGCCGUAUUUGGAACGCCGUCAAAGAAUGCGCCAAGAUCGGCGUCGAGGAGCGCGUCAUCUUCGCCAUUAUCAUGCAGGAGAGCACCGGCAACGUUGGUGUUCGCACCACCACCAACGCCGAUGGCCACUUCACUGCUGGCCUGAUGCAGUGUGAUGGCUCCCCGGGCUUCCCCGGGCAGCAUGGUUUGUCUCAGGAACAAAUCACCUCCAUGGUCCGCGCUGGCACCAACCACUUCAAGCUCAACUUGAAGGACUUCGGUAAUGCCGACAAUGCCGAUACCAUCUACAAGGCUCUCCGUGAAUACAACUCCGGGUCCGUCAACCCCAACGAUCUUAGCGACGGACGUGGUGCUACUGCUGCCUAUGUCAGUGACGUUGCCAACCGUCUUCUCGGACGCACCCCUUAGGUAGCGCUGGCGGUACCGCAGCAUAAUUAGUUCUUGACCUGUGGAGUGGGAAAAUGUGGCUGGGCUAUGGGCUAGGCAAACAAUACAAUCAUUUUAUCAUAGUCUUGGCAAUGGCUCAAACAAGCUGGCAAGUGAACGUAGGACGUGAUUUGCGAUUGUGAGGGGAGGCAUGGGUCAUAAUUUCGAUUAUGG